AUGUUCAGCUCCCGAAGUCCCGGCCCCAGGUCUGUACCACCCGUGGAAAACCCUCUACUCUUGGAGACGGCUGUCAGUUUAGCGAGGAAGAUACGGAACCGUGAGGUAAAAUGUGAGGAAGUCAUCAAAAGCUACAUCGACCGGAUCCAGCAUGUUAACUACAUCAUCAACGCGGUGGUGGCAGACAGGUUUGAGGAGGCUCAGGAGCAGGCGAGAGACAUCGACACUGUGCUCGACGCUGGAGACCCCAACAACCUCUACCCGCCGGACAGCAUGCCACUUCUCGGGGUGCCCUUCACUGCCAAGGAGGCUUUUGCAAUAAACGGACUGCCCAACACGUCAGGUCUGGUUGCGAGGAAGGACAUCGUGUCCACGAGCGAUGCGACCGUGGUGACGUACCUCCGGCAGGCCGGCGCGAUUCCGCUAGCUGUGACAAACUGCAGUGAGCUUUGUAUGUGGUACGAGUCGAGCAACAACGUCUACGGGACCACAAACAAUGCCUACAACACAGGACGGAUCGUAGGAGGCAGUUCAGGUGGAGAGGGGUGCAUCCUGGCAGCGGGGGGGUCGGUGGUGGGGGUGGGGUCAGACAUCGGCGGCAGUAUCAGGAUGCCGGCUUUCUUCAACGGCAUCUUUGGGCACAAACCGACCUCAGGUAUUGUGUCAAACCAGGGCCAGUUCCCCAACGCGGUGGGGCAGAGGACAGAGUUCCUGGUGACAGGGCCGAUGUGCCGGUUUGCGGAGGACCUGCUGCCCAUGUUAAAAAUCAUGGCGGGACCCAGUACAGUGCAGCUCAAACUGGAGGAGAAGGUUGACUUGAAGGCACUGAACUUCUAUAGUAUCGAGGAUGACGGCGGCUCCUGGCUCUGUACUGCAGUUGACCCAGAACUCAAGCAGGCACAGAAAAUGGUCGUGACCCAUGUAGAGAAGGAGCUGGGGGUCAAAGUUCAGGAGGUGAAGAUGGAGAAGCUGAAGUACUCAUUCCAAAUAUGGUCGGCGAUGAUGUCAGAGUCAGCUGACAACCAGACCUUCUGUGAGCUCAUGUCGCACAACGAGAGUAACCCUGUCAACCCAUAUAAGGAGUUUGUGAAGUGGAUGUUCGGGAAGUCGGAGCACACCCUGCCAGCCAUCGGCCUGGGGAUGACUGAGAAGGUGACCCAGCUGACCACCGAGCAGAACAAGAACUUCAUCAAGAUGUGUGCCAACCUCAAGACAGAGUUCGAGAACAUGCUCGGGGAGAAGGGGAUCCUGUUCUACCCCUCCCACCCCAAGCCUGCUCCCAAACACAACGCCCCCCUCCUCACACCCUUCAACUUUGCAUACACGGGGAUUUUUAACGUCCUGGGCUUCCCGGUUACCCAGGUUCCCCUGGGGCUGGGGUCGGAGGGCGUGCCCCUGGGGUUACAGGUCGUGGCCCUGCCCUACAAUGAUCACAUGACCCUGGCAGUGGCCGUGGAACUGGAGAAGGCGUUUGGGGGGUGGGUAAAUCCGGGGAGGGUGGAAGAACCGGGGGACUGAUAAACAACAACAGAAGUUUGUUUUAUUUGUUUGUUUGAGGUUCAGUCACAUUCGUCAUAGGCUGUCGUACGAUUGCGAUUCCAUGGGAAUUUACAAAGCACUGGCUGUGACAGAACCAACUUACAAGGAUCUGAAACAGCCUUUUCCAUAACACAACAGUCAGAUUUUGCUUGACACAUGCACGGCUGUUCCAAUAAUGUCCUCAGUUUGUAAUGGUAUGAUGAUUGCAUGACGUUUGUGACUGACUGGAACCUUAUUAA